CAACGCUCUCGCCUCCGUGGCCCCAUCGUCCUCGUCCCAUCGCGUCUUCGGCCUUCACGCUUCAUCUGCAGUAAUCACCAUGACCAACAACUCGAACGUCAAUCCCUCGGAAGUCGGCUGGCAAUUUGUCCCUCAAUACUACACCUUUGUCAACAAGCACCCCAAUCGCUUGCACUGCUUCUACAAUAAAGCCUCUACUUUCAUUCACGGCACUGAGGGCGAGGAUGGCAAGCCAUGCUUUGGUCAGCAGGAGAUACACAGUAGGAUCACGUCGAUUGGCUUCCAAGACUGCAAAGUCUUUAUCCAUUCGGUUGAUGCUCAGUCCUCGGCAAAUGGUGGUAUCAUCAUCCAGGUCAUCGGUGAGAUGUCGAACAAGGGCGAGGCUUGGAAGAAGUUUGUUCAGACUUUCUUCCUCGCUGAACAGCCCAAUGGCUACUUUGUCCUAAACGACAUCUUCCGCUUCUUGAAGGAGGAGUCCGUUGAGGAGGGUGAAGAGCCCGAGGGCGACGUGACUGCGGCCAACGCUCCUGAGCACGUCUCCGUGCCCCCGGCUCCCGCUUCCCCUGCACCUCCUCCUGCCCCUGCUGAGCCGGAGCCUAUCCCUACUCCGACUCCUGCACCUGCAGUCGAAGAGCGCGCGCCUUCACCCGCCCCGACUCCCUCCCCUCAGCCUCAGGUCAACGGCCACGCGCCAGAGACCAAGCCUGAGCCUGCUCCCGCUCCUCGCGAACCUACACCCGCUCCUGCCCCCGAGCCUACCUCCACGGCUUCUCCUGCUCCCGUAUCUCCUGCUGCCCCUCCGCCUCAGCAGCUUCCUCCACAGCCCGCCGCCGUUCCUCCACAGUCCGCUCAGCAGCAGCAGCAGCAGCAGCAGCAAGGGCCACAGCCUGCCGCAGCACCAGCGCCUGCGCCUGGUCCUGCAGCACCAACGCCGUCAGCACCCAAGUCAUGGGCUUCGCUCGCAGCAACCGGUGCGAAGAGUUGGGGUUCCGCCGUUGCCAGCCAGUCUCGUGGGACUUCCGAAGCGCCCGCACCGACAAGCUCGUCGCCCGCGCCGAGCGGACCUCAGUCUCCCGCUCCUCAACGACCCAUAAUCCGACAAGAGCAAGGCCACCCCGCGUACAUCGCCGCCCAAAACGUCCAGACGCCCCAAUGUUUCGUCAAGAGCGUGACUGAGAAUGUCUCCGACGCGGCACUACGGCAAGUACUCACCUCGCGUUUCGGCCCCAUCAAGGAGCUCGAGAUUGUCCGGAACAAGGCGUGCGCGUUCCUCGAGUUCCAGUCCCUCGAUGCCGCGAAGCGCGCCAUCACUGCCUCUCUUCCAGCCGCGCAGGGCGGCGAGGGCGGCAUCCGCAUCGAGACCGACGGCGGCGCCGGCCAGGCGCGGAUCAUUGUCGAGACGAGGAAGGAGCGUGGCGAGCGUCCGCCACCCCGCAAUCCACCCAUUAACGGCGACCGCGGACGGGGCGGCUUCCGCGGACGUGGCGGGCCUGGUGGUCGAGGCCGUGGCGGGCCCCCGCCCAAGGCAUAGUCCGCCUUUGGGUCUGGGUCGACGGGAUUGAGGGUUUACGAGUCAGCACAUGGGAGGAUAUCGACGCGGCGUUGCGAUGGGCACGGUCGGUCGGUCGGGACACAACCAAAAGUAUCGCAAUCUCCUGCUGAAUGGAACGAUGUAUUACUGCCGUCGUGGUGUUUGUUGGGAGGGACGGUCACUCGCGCUGUCUACUGAGCUGUUGUGUGUUCUGUUGUUAUCGUCUGUCGAUCGUUAGCUUGCUCGCUCGCACUACACUGCAUCUUGACGAUAAUCAUUGAUGUUCGAUCUGUUUGUCUUGCGGCCGCUCUCAUGUGUCGUUUCUAUGUCGUCGUCGUUGGCACUCGCCGUAUUGUUGUUGCUCUUCCUCAGUCCGUCGCUCUGUGAUAUGCAGCAAUUAGUCUUGAAAGAUCCACGCCCGUGCACGGGUGAAUGGG